UUUAGGGGAGGCGGAGACGCGGAGGCUGCGGGCGUGGUUGAGGGGGCGAGCGCGCGCGCACGCGCGGCGGCGGGCGCGCGGCCCCGAGUGAAAGGAAAAGGAGGGGCCCGGGGGUGAAGGUGCGGGAGCCGCUGCCGCCGCUGCAGGGAGAGUCAGCGGCCCGGCCCGGAGGAGAAGGUGGACCCGAGGCCAGGUCAGCUGCCCGGACCCUCCGACGCGGCCCUACACCGAGCGGCAGCGGCCUGUGGCGAGGUGGGGAGGCGCCGCCAAACACCCCGCCUCAAGACCCCGACCCCUCCCCAGGGGAAGAUGUUCAACGUGGAGUCGGUGGAGCGGGUGGAGCUGUGCGAGAGCCUCCUCACUUGGAUCCAGACAUUUAAUGUAGAGGCACCAUGCCAGACCAUAGAAGAUUUAACGAAUGGGGUUGUGAUGGCCCAGGUUCUCCAAAAGAUAGAUCCUGCAUAUUUUGAUGAAAAUUGGCUAAACAGAAUCAAAACUGAAGUAGGAGAUAACUGGAGACUAAAGAUAAGCAAUUUAAAGAAAAUUUUGAAAGGAAUCUUAGAUUACAAUCAUGAGAUUUUAGGGCAGCAAAUUAAUGACUUUACCCUUCCUGAUGUGAACCUUAUUGGGGAGCAUUCUGAUGCUGCAGAGCUUGGAAGGAUGCUUCAGCUCAUCUUAGGCUGUGCUGUGAACUGUGAACAGAAGCAAGAGUACAUCCAAGCCAUUAUGAUGAUGGAAGAAGCUGUUCAACAUGUUGUGAUGACAGCUAUUCAAGAGCUAAUGAGUAAAGAAUCUCCAGUCUCUGCUGGAAAUGAUGCCUACAUUGACCUUGAUCGCCAGUUGAAGAAAACUACAGAGGAACUAAAUGAAGCUUUAUCAGCAAAAGAAGAAAUUGCUCAAAGAUGUCAUGAAUUAGAUAUGCAGGUUGCAGCAUUGCAAGAAGAGAAGAGUAGUCUGUUGGCAGAGAAUCAAAUAUUAAUGGAAAGACUUAAUCAGUCUGAUUCUAUAGAAGAUCCUAACAGUCCGGCAGGCAGAAGGCACCUGCAGCUCCAGACUCAACUAGAACAGCUCCAAGAAGAAACCUUCAGAUUGGAAGCAGCCAAAGAUGAUUACCGAAUACGCUGUGAAGAGUUAGAGAAGGAAAUCUCUGAACUUAGGCAACAAAAUGAUGAACUAACUACUUUGGCAGAUGAAGCUCAGUCUCUAAAAGAUGAAAUAGAUGUUCUUAGACAUUCUUCUGAUAAAGUGUCGAAACUAGAAGGUCAGGUAGAAUCAUAUAAAAAGAAGCUAGAAGAUCUUGGUGAUUUGAGGCGGCAGGUUAAACUCUUAGAAGAGAAGAAUACCAUGUAUAUGCAGAACACUGUCAGUCUGGAGGAAGAGUUAAGAAAAGCCAAUGCAGCUCGAAGUCAACUUGAGACAUACAAAAGACAGGUAGUAGAACUACAGAAUAGAUUAUCUGAAGAAUCAAAGAAAGCAGAUAAAUUAGAUUUUGAAUAUAAGCGACUAAAAGAAAAAGUUGACAGUCUUCAAAAAGAAAAAGAUCGGUUAAGAACAGAGAGAGAUUCUCUUAAGGAAACCAUUGAAGAACUUCGCUGUGUACAGGCUCAAGAAGGGCAACUCACAACUCAAGGGUUAAUGCCUCUGGGAAGUCAGGAAUCUUCAGAUAGUCUGGCAGCAGAGAUUGUCACACCUGAAAUCAGGGAGAAACUUAUUCGUCUUCAACAUGAGAAUAGGAUGUUAAAAAUUAGUCAAGAGGGUUCAGACAAUGAAAAAAUUGCUCUGUUGCAGAGCCUUCUAGAUGAUGCAAAUCUGCGCAAGAAUGAACUGGAGACAGAGAACAGGUUGGUGAAUCAGAGACUUCUGGAAGUACAGUCACAAGUUGAAGAAUUACAAAAAUCUUUACAAGAUCAAGGUUCAAAAGCAGAAGAUUCAGUUCUUCUUAAAAAGAAGCUUGAAGAGCACCUAGAGAAGCUGCAUGAAGCCAAUAAUGAAUUACAAAAGAAGAGAGCCAUUAUUGAAGAUCUAGAACCAAGAUUCAACAAUAGCUCCUUAAAAAUUGAAGAAUUACAAGAAGCUUUGCGGAAGAAAGAAGAGGAAAUGAAGCAAAUGGAAGAACGAUAUAAAAAGUACUUAGAGAAAGCCAAAAGUGUUAUCCGUACUUUAGAUCCUAAACAGAAUCAAGGAGCAGCACCAGAAAUCCAGGCUCUUAAAAAUCAACUCCAGGAAAGAGACCGACUUUUUCAUUCGUUAGAGAAGGAAUAUGAGAAAACAAAGAGUCAAAGAGAAAUGGAGGAGAAGUAUAUUGUUAGUGCCUGGUACAAUAUGGGAAUGACUCUGCAUAAAAAGGCGGCUGAAGAUAGACUUGCUAGUACAGGCUCAGGGCAGUCAUUUCUGGCCAGGCAAAGACAAGCAACCAGCACAAGAAGAUCUUACCCUGGCCAUGUCCAACCAGCCACAGCAAGGUAGACAUCUCUUGCCAUUAACGUAAAAAAAAAAAAAAAAAACACCCUGAUUCAAAGCAUACUUCUGUCACAUAUAACAGCAUUUCAGGAAAUUCAGCCAGCUUGUGUUUUGUCUCUGUUAUGUUAAUGUUCAGUUGUUCCUAUCUUGAAGACUUUCCUGUACCUAUAAUGUUUUCAUUUCUUGGUCCUUUAUUUUGUAGUCCUUUCAGUUUCUUUUAAUGUGCCAAACAUUUUUAAAUGUCUAAUUAAAAGUGUUGUAUAAUAGUACUUUUCUUUUUGUAUGAAAAUGUUCUUUCCCCAAUGGUGUAUGCUUUGUAAUGAAUUAGAUUUUAUGCCAGUAAUUGAUAUACAAUUUCUAUUCUUUAUUGUGCCUCUGUUAUCAUGCUUUAUAAGAAUGUCUUUGUUUAAAGGGAAUUAAUCUUUUUACUAUGUAUUAUUCUGUGUUUUCGAUUAUUUUCCAAAUGCACUUCAAAUAACUUGCAUAUUUACUAUAUAAAAAGGUUGGCAAGUGUACUUUUUGCAGAGACAGAGAUGCAUUGGCAGAGGUGCUGAUCAAAUCUUACCUAAGGCACCUGAUAGAAUUAUUUAGAGAAAAAAAGUUUUCAUAUUGUUUUAUAGGAAACUGAAUUUGUCUGAAGAUUUAGGAACUAUUUUUAAAACACAUAGUGUUUCAUUAUUUACCAGCUUCUUGUUUGUUGACAGAAGUGAAUGAAUACACUGGUUAGGCUAUUUGGGGGAAAUUAUAAAGGAAAAAUGAGCAGAACAAUACUUUUUUUGUUUCGUAAUGUCACAGAACUGAAGAUCACAUUCUAACAAUGUGGCUGGCAUUUUAGUUUCAUUGCUCUUCACAUCUGAAAGAUUUAUUUUUCAUAUACUUCUUUUUUUUUUUUUAAUAUUUUUUUUUUAUUAAUUUUAUUUUUGAGAGAGAUGCAGAGAGAGACACAUACACACACGCUAUGAGACACCAGAGCACUGCUCAGCUCUGGCUUAUGGUGGGCAGGGGAUUGAACCUGGGAUUUAGGAGCCUCAGGCAUGAGAGUCUGUUUGCAUAACCAUUAUGCUGUCUCCCCCGCCCUUUUUCAUACACUUCUAAGGCCUUACCUUUGGGGCAAUUUCUUUGUCGACCUGCACCUCAUUUUUUUACUUACUCAUGAAAAUAAACUCUUCUAUUUCUCAAUUUUCUCUAAUAUUAAGCAUAUGGAUAUCUCUCACUUAGAUCAAUAAGUGACUCAUGUAAAAUUAUGACAGAUCUUUUUAGAUUUUUUCAUAAUGCUAUGUAUGAAUUCAAGAAUUUGCUACAGAAUAGGUUAUCUUGGAUCUUUGGUUGCCUCAAAGUGCUAGAUAGGUUGACAGAUUUUGAACCAUGUUCAUUUACAUUGAUGAAUAGUUGUGAAAUAAUGUUUGUCAAGCACUUUGACUAUAUAAGGUGCUAUAUAAUUGCAAAAUAUCAUUCAUUUAAAAGUUAAAUGCCUCUGCCUAACUUUCCAUUUUGACUAUACUAUUUGGUCUUAAAUUAUAUUUAAGUUCCCCUUCCACCUUUUUCAUAUAACAUAGUCCAUUUGGAAGCAGAAAUUAUCAAAAUUAAGUUGACUUUUAUUUUUAAACAAAUAUUAUAGGUUUAUCAUUGCUUAUAAAAUUAUGAAAUUUGGGGAAUACAGCUUUUCAUACCUCUGUAGGUGUAUAAGCCUCACUAUCACCAUUGUUUUUGUUGUUUUGUUUUCUCAUUUGUUUAUUUACAUAGGUUGCCUAGUAACGUGGUUUUACUUCAUGUUCUUACUACUUGAAAGUUCAGGUUUCUUUUACUUCCAUAGUCAGUACAGAUGAAUAACUUUAAAUCAAACUAAAUGUAAGUAAUUUUAAGAAACUACAUUCAGUGUUAAAGUCUUUACUUACUUUUUUAUCAAAAAAAAAAAUUGAACUGAAAAAUUAGCAGUGUUUUCAUUUGUCUUCAUAUUGUAUUAUUAGACUAUACACAGAAAUUAUCCCAUACAUUUAAGUACGGAAGCCUAAGAACAGAGUAAAUACUUGAUUGGAUCAUAAGACAAGAAGUGGUAAUGGAGAGAACCAUGUGAACAAAAUGCAUUGGGAGGCCCUAAUCAACAUAAUGUUGACACUAUGAUUAAAAAUUAUUUAAAGAUAAAUAGUAAGCCCACCUCAUUUCACAAAUGACUUCAGGGUUCAUCUGAUUUUAAACAAAGUAUGAACACUAAUUUUGAAAAAGUUAAAAUUAUUGGGAAGUUAUACCCACCUAAAAGAGUCUGUAAAUUACUCAUUAAGUGGAUAUAGCCCAUGAGAUGAGAAAUUUCAAUUUAAGUUCUCUGUUUACUACACUUCGUUCUUGGUCUCUCACCUUCCCAUCUAUUCAGAUAUAUUUCUCUAAGUGGGUUGGAAAGGUACCAAGGUUUUGGAAGGAACGUUUGCUUUAAGCAUUUGUUGCAUGUUAUUAUUUUAGUAUUUAUGUUCAUAUUUUCACUCUCCUUUGCCAUACUUUUUAUUAUAUUUUAUUCCAUAGAAAAAAAUUCUAUAUUCUAAAAAACCAUUCUAUCCUUUUUUUAUUAAAUAAAAAUAAAACUUAGUUAUAACCAUGAGAACCUCUGUUUCCCUUGCCCAGUUUUGCCAGGAUUUAUGACAUUUCUCUUUCUCAAAUAAUAAUAUUCAGGAGGUUUGUGAUUAUACAUACUGUAUUUGGACGUUAAAAAGCAUUGGCUGCUUUAUCUAUUGAUAGAUGUAAACCAUGCUGGGCUGUAUUUUCCAAACUACUUGUACACAGAAACUUCAUGUGACCACAGUUAAACAAAUACCUAGAUCAUUACAUUUAUGUUCUGCACUGUAUAUUUAAGAUGUUUGUAUUGGAAAAAAAGCCCAGCAAAUUUAGUAAUUUACCACAUCUAUAAAGAGAAACACAAUUGGGUAUAUUUCAAAAGAACUUUCAAAAACCAGAUCCUAGAUGUCCAAGAUUAAAUUAUUUUAUUAAGUGGCCCUAGAUUAUAGAAAGGGUAAUGUUCUGGAAGAAAAGAUUUUAAAAAUUAUGAACUGUGAUACUGAAAUCUUUUUUUCUUUUUAAAGAGAAAGAGAGAGAAAGAUUUCUUUAUUAAUGACACAGUGAGAAAAGAAGGGAAAGAGAACCCAAACAACACUCUUGCCAGAGCAAGUAUGUUGGUGAGGAUCAGACUCUAGACCCAGUCCUUGGCAGUAACAACACUUAACCCCGUGUCAAAAACCUCGAUGGACUGUAGUCUAACACGACAGAUUGGGAGACUCAGAAGGGAGUAAAGGAGGAGCACUGAGGGGAGACUGAGAACCCAAGUUCCUAUGAUGAAACAGAUGAUGAUUGGCUUGAAGGGGAAAUGCGUUGACACCCAUCUUGGGGAAAUAUGGAAAUACACCUUUGCACCUCAAUGAAGUGAUACUGGAAUUGAGAGGGGAAUAACCUGAAAUUUAUCCCAAUCUUAGAAGAAAAUGUAAAUUUUUUAAAAAUCACAUGGAUAAGAAUACCUUUGCUUCUAAAGUGAGAUGAGUUUAUUUAUAAGCAUCUUGCUUUUUGAAAAAAAAAAUAGCAACAUAGAGAAAAAUGCAAACUUUUUGUUUGCUCAUUAAGCGAUGAAAAAAAUAUUUUGACUUUUUAUCCUUAUAUUAUGAAGGAACUAUGCCUAGAAAGGGCUGUUGAACUGAUGUAGCAUUGUACUUAACAGUGAAGCUCAAGUGAUGCCCUAAAGUAGCAUGAAGAAAAUACAAAAAAUAAAAAUAGGAUCCCAGAAUCUUGAAAAAUUUAUUUUAGCAUAUGCUUUCUUUAUAUAUAUUGAAUAUACUUUCCAUUCAAUAAAGAUAAUGUCCUUUCCUAUAGUCCUAGCUGUCAAAAUAGCAACUUAUUUUGCUACUUGGACAACUCAUUAUCACUACAUUUAGAAAGAGGUUUCAGACCUUACAUGGUGUAACUGUAAUGAUUAAAAUUUUGUAUACCAUGUAGCUUUUAUAUGAGGUGGGAUAUUCUCAGUAUAUUUAUUUAUAACCUAAUUUUUUUUUAUUUUCUGUAAACAUGUUUGUUUAAAUAAUUGUUACAUGGUCUUUGCACUGAAAUUUUGAAUGAUAUAUUUUCCAAUUUUAGCAUAAUUUGUCAUUCUAAAGUUUUACAGUGAUUCAGUUCUCAAAAGUUAUUAAAUAAUUUGCUGCUAACCGAGAUAAUUUAUUUUCUCCCCAUUUCCUAAAUCAUGGAGAUAUUAAUAUUUAUAGCUUUCUUUUUCUAAAAUGAAGGACAACUUAGAUGUGACAACACAUCAGAGUUUUGUACAUCACUGAUUAUAUUCUUGGGAAGUGUGUACUGAUUUUUUAAACACCCUUUUAUUAAUUCAUCUUUAUUAUAACAUGUUUACACAUGGAUUUUUAUAAUUGUGCUGAAAAUGAUAAGAGAAGGGACUAGAUAAGAAGGGAUAAGAGAAACUAGAGACGAGUAUAAUUAUGGCAAAUAUAUGGAUUUUGCAAUAAUGGCAGUUGGGAGUUAUAUUUCCUAAUAAUUACAUAUUCAUAAUUAUAUCUCUCCAGUAUUUCUUGGAUUUCUUAUGUUUUCCAUAAUUUUAGGUUUGUAUGCUAUAUAUGAAUAAGCAUAGCAAUCUGAGAGGAGGCCAGGUAUGUAGCUCACCUGAGAGGGUAUCUACUUUGCAUGAACCUACCACCCAGGUUUGCAUCCCCAGCACAACACAGGCGAGUACUAUGACCCUGGGAGAAGCUUUCAUGCUGUGGUGUUGGAGAAGAGGAAGAGAGAGAGAAGAGAAAUCUGAGAAAGUAACAAAAGGCUACUAGGCAAAGUCACGCCUACACUAGGUGAUCAGCAUGAGAAAUGGCCUAAUUACAAGUAAAUAUUAAGGCAAGUACAAAUAAAUCCACAGUGUUUUAAGAAAUGGUCCUAAAGUAGUAGAUUAUAUAAAAUAGUCUUAAUUACAUACUUAUUCAGUAGACAAAAUACAUUUGCUUUUCUUUCUUUUUUAUUUAUUUUUUCAUAAACACUAUUCCCACCACCAAAAGUCUGUGUCCCAUCCCAGCCACACACACCCCCGCUCCACCCCCCACCACCACGGCCGGGAAGCCCAAUGGCCCAAUGGUUUUGUUAAGUCAGCUAAGCUAGAAAGAUAAAGAUGAGUAUGGGAUGUCCCCACUCUUAUUUAUUUAAGAAAGGAGACAUUAACAAAACUGUAGGAUAGGAAGCUUACAACUCCACACAAUUCCCACCACCCGAUCUCCCUAUCCCAUCCCCUCCUCUGAUAGCUUUCCCAUUCUCUAUCCCUCUGGGAGUAUGGACCCAGGGUCGUUGUGGGUUGCAGAAGAUGGAAGGUUUGGCUUCUGUAAUUGCUUCCCCGCUGAACAUGGGGGUUGACUGGUCGGUCCAUACUCCCAGUCUGCCUCUCUCUUUCCCUAGUAGGGUGGGGCUCACGCAUUGGUGGGGUCGUCAGUCCAGGGAAGUCUGGUCAGCGUCAUGCUGGCAUCUGGAACCUGGUGGCUGAAAAGAGAGUUAACAUACAAAGCCAAACAAAUUGUUGAAUACAUUUGCUUUUCUAAUCCUUCUCUUAAGUUGGACAUUGAUUUGGUACACAGUACUGUGUAUGUUUCAUAUAUUCACCAGUGGAGAGGAAAACAUUUUCAUUUGAGGCUAGGAAGCUGCACCAUUCCAGCGCUUCUGGCAGGCAUUUUUUCCCCCUCUUUCUCUUUUAGGGAGAGAAGGAGAGAGACAGAAGAGACUGUAGCAUCAGUCCACCACUUGGUGGAGCUUCCGCACCCCCCACACCCCUGCAGGCUCUCCCAUGUCACUGGGGACUCAGAUACAAGGCCUCUCAUGUGGGGAUGAGUGUGCUGUACCAGCUCCUCAGUUUAAAAUUCUUAACCAAUUAGUAAAACUAAUAGAGUGAUUGAAGGCCGUUAAGGAUGCUAUGCUUUGAUCAGAUGACGAUUUGAUCAAGUGAGGAAAAAAAAUUCUAUGGUGACUGGAAAUCACUACUGACUUCUUAACAGUUAUGAAGAUCAAUCUGCCACAUUACCCAGUUUUCAAGCCAUCAGCUUAAUUUUAUAUCCCCCUUGAAUAUACAUAGAGCUCAAUUAAACUGUAUGUGAAAGUACGUCAAUAUAGAUAGUUAAACAUAUUUUACAGGGAGCCUUCAUUUGCCUGAUAUAUUAUUACCAGGCUCUAAAUUAAAUGUUUAGGUUUCAGAAAAGGAAUGUUUUGAACCAUGGAGCCAUCCAAUAUCUAGUUAUUUCUACUUAGAACCUGAAGAAUUUAAGUACAUUAAAAGAACAGUCUGAAAGUGAAGGGGAAAAAAUUACCAAAGUAUGCUGAGGCUUUAAUGUAUGUGGAAACCUCUGAGUAGGCAUUAUCACUGUAGAGAUGUCUGAAUUGAUGAAGGAAAAUAAUCAGUUUAAAGCAUAUUAAAAUUAAUUAAAGGGAAUUUAAUUGCAUUUAGUGUUCAUGUAUUUAUCAACCUAUGAACAGAGAUUAUUGUAUAUACAUUCGAUUAUGAAUUUAUUUUAUGUGUCAUAUUAGAGUUCCUUAUUGUGUACUAUUAUUUCUAAUCAUAUAUUUAUAUUUAACUGAAAUUAUAUUUUCCUAGCACUUUACUAUUAUUUUCCCUUGACCUUUCUGUGGCAUUUUCAAUUAAUAACUUUUCCACUGGGGUUCUUUCUUACUUUGGAAUACUCACUAAGAGAACUAUAUGGUCACCUAAAUAUGUAAUCUUUCUUAAGAUUUUUUAAAUUAAUCUGAAGUUGGGUUGAUACUGCUAGGCAUGACUUCUGUUUUACAUUUUACAUCAGUAAGAUUUUUCUCUAAGAGCAGUUUCGUUUUUCUAUAGUGUGAAAAGUUUUAGACACAUUUUCUUCUGCAUUAAGUCCCUAUUCUACUGAUAAGCUUUCCUCUGGAAAAGAACAUACUAAAGACUCUGAUCUUUGGGAAGAGCUGCUUUUGUCCUUCCAGUGUAAAAAAAAAUAUUUAAAAAAUUAGAAGUUAAACAUUCAAUUCGCUCUAUCUCUCUCACAUGCAAAAUAUCUUCUAGUUAGACGUUGAAUGGAUAAGUCCCUUUGUAAAUAUCUUUAUCAUCUGUUGGCUUUGUGUAGAUUAGAUUGUAGACCUACACUGCCCAGUUCAAUAACCACUACCCACAGACAGCAACUUAAAUUAUUUAAGACUAAAUAGCAUUUAAAUUUCCAUUUCCCUUGCCACCAGCUAACUAACUUUAAAGAUUAAAGAAUGGUGUUUUGAUUUUUCCAAGGUCUUUAAAACAGGCUGGUUUUUGUUUUUUUUUUUACAAAAAAGAAACAACUUUGUUCAACCACAGCAGUAAAGUCUAAGCAUUGUCAUAAGUUAACUGAAUACCUGUAUUUUUGUCCUCAUUUUCAAAUCUUUGUUAGCAUUACUGUAGUCAAUUUUUUUUUCUGCAGUGAUGAAAAUUAUUUUUUAUUUAUUUUUUAACUUUAUUUUAUUUGAUAGGACAGAGAAAUUUAGAGGGAAGUAGGAGAUAGGGAGAGAGACAAAGACACCUGCAGUCCUGCUUCACCACUUAUGAAGCGCCCCCUUACAGAUGGGGACCACGGGCUUGAACCCAGUGUCUUGUGCACUGUAAUGCUUGCACUUAACCAGGUGUUCACCACUGGCCCCAUGAAAAUUAUUUUUAUCUGUGAAGUUAGCCUUCAAUAUACCUAUUAGUUCAGUACAGAAUUUACUCCAUUACUUUUUCAACAUAUUUUUAAGCAAAUUCUCAAUUCUUUAUUUUUCAACCUACAUAAUUAAUUAAAUCUCUUCUAUUUUAAGUCCAUACAGGUCUAAUGAAAAUUGUCAACAAUAUAUUUGCUUUGGUCCUUUUAUUAUCUUCCUCCUAUGGUAUAAAAGUACACCACAGCCUAUGAAUCAGGUUUCGUGUAUGAAACAAUUUUUUCCAGUAACCUAGUUAAUAUAAUGGUGUUGUUUUUUUUUUUAAUGUUAACUUGACCUGUUGUAAAAGUGCUAAAGGGGUCUGUAUUGAUGAAUUAUUUGAAUUCUUCAGUAAAAGUAAAGGCCUAGUAGUAAUUCUUGGGGGUCAGCUUAGUACUUAGUUAAAACUAUGCCACUGUAAAUUCAUGAUGCUUUAACUUUUUUUAAUCAAACAGACUUGACCUAAUAGUGUCAAUUUUCAAGUAAAUAAAUUAUAAAAAUCUUAAUGCUUUUCAAGAACAGAGGCAAAAGUGGUAUGAUUUGAGCUUAUUUCAUCAGUGCCCUAACUUAAUAUAUGUUCUGUAGAGACUCACUAGUUAAGGGAAAUUCUCAGUAUACUUGAGAUAAGUAAUAGCAUUUUAGUAUAAAUACAGAAAUGACUGUACACAAAUGCCAAUCACUUAACUUGGGGGCUUCUACUUUUUUAGUAUUUGCCUUAUUUUUAAUAGGAUUAGUUACUUUAAAUUCAAAUGCACUAAAAUAUUAUUGCUGUUACAGGUUAUGUAUAAUUCAUACUGCUUUGUACUUAGCUAAAUAAUUUAUCUUGUUUUGCAGUUUUCAUGUUUUGACAAUUGCCUAAACAUUUUUAACAUCCAACUUUUAGGUUGUGUAGUAAAAGCUAAAUUUCAAGCAUAUCAUUUAAUAAUUUGUCCUAUCUUGAUUAAUAUAUUCCAGCACACACUAGGGAUAUGGAAAGAGGCUUUUUUUUUUUCCUUACAGUAUUUUUUUAAACUUUUCACAUGAGCUGGAAAACACCUUAGCACAUUGGAGUUGGAGUUGUAUUAAUUACAACCCCAGUUCUAGAGCCUUAUACAAACGUCUUAAGUAUUAUUGAUUGUUCUGUGAAUUGUCAGUUUCAUAUUUGCCUUCGUAGUUAUCUGCCUUGCAUUUUAGCCUUCACAAAAAGGAUAGUGAUAAGUAUGUUUUUAUUUCUGGUUGACUAUUGAAUGCCCAGUUUCAAUCUUUGUCAUUAUAAUCCAAAAAUGAAGUCCACAUAGGACUCUCAUUUUCUCAGUUUACAAAUAGAAUUGAUACAGAUUUAGCGACACUGUAUAAAGUGGUACCCAAGCAUUUGACACUUGUUUACUGAAUUUACCAACCAUUUGCGAUAUUAGCUUGGUGGCUUUUCUUACCAAGUUUUUCUGAAGUGAAUUACAUGUUAGACUCAGUAAACAAUUUUCACUAAUAUCACAUUGUCUAAGAAAUCACCGAAAAACAGGUUUUUCACCUGUUUUGGACUCUUGUGUUUUCUUUGAAAAACAGUAAUUCAUUUUAGUUUCACAACUGCCAACUUACGGUAUUAUAUGUAUGUGUUUAUAUGUAUGCAUAUAACAUGUAUAUGUAUAUGAAGAAUAAAGUUAAGAUUUGGUCAAACUCUAUUUUCCCAUUCAAGUACAAAAAUGUUUUCAAGGCUGCAAAAAGUGUACAGUUGUUAAACAAGUUGUAAAUAAAGACUUGUAUAAAAAUUCA